AUGUCGCCAUGCGCUGUAGACCCAGUUCCUCUCUACGAGGAUCGAGAUGGCAUGGCGCUGGAGAACCUCUCAGACAACAUUGAUGCCGUCAACGUCAUGAAAGCCGACAUGAAGAGGGAGAAGGCUAUGAAGGAGAGGUCCGAGUUCGACGCUGAAAAAGACAAGACAAAAUUCCGACAAUACGAAGAAGCCUGUGACAGAGUCAAAAACUUUUACCGAGAGCAACACGAAAAGCAGACAGUGGCCUAUAACCUGAAGGCUCGCAACGACUUCAAAUCCAAGACGCGAGCUGAGAUGACAAUCUGGCAAGCAAUGGAGAAGCUCAACACUCUCAUCGACGAGUCCGACCCCGACACCUCCCUCUCCCAAAUCGAACAUUUACUUCAGUCAGCUGAGGCUAUCCGACGAGACGGCAAGCCACGAUGGAUGCAACUGACUGGCCUCAUCCACGACCUUGGCAAACUCCUCUUCUUUUACGGGGCGGAUGGCCAAUGGGAUGUUGUCGGCGAUACCUUCCCCGUUGGAUGUGCUUUCGACAAGAGGAUCAUCUACCCAGAUACCUUCAAAGGUAACCCUGACCAUGAUCAUCCAAUCUACGGCACCAAAAACGGGAUAUACACUCCAGGGUGCGGGAUGGAUAAUAUUAUGCUGUCAUGGGGUCACGACGAGUAUUUGUACCACAUCGUCAAGGAGCAGUCAACCUUGCCAGCGGAGUCACUUGCCAUGAUCAGAUAUCACUCUUUUUAUCCAUGGCACUCCGCUGGAGCUUAUACUGAGUUUAUGGAUGAACAUGACCAUGCUAUGUUAGAGGCUGUGAGGGCAUUCAAUCCCUAUGAUCUGUACAGUAAGAGCGAUGAUGUCCCAAGCGUGGAGGUCCUAAAGCCAUACUACCUCGAGCUCAUUGAUGAGUUCUUCCCCAAAAAGGUCAUUAAGUGGUAG